AUGGCUGAUGAAAUUACUGAACGCUUAAAUAAUAUUAUUCUUACUGAAGAAGAAAAGGAUGCUGUGGCAAUUGAAUAUCCAGAUAUUCAGUCAAGGAGUCAAAACACCAUGCCAUUGGUUUGGGGGCACCCAGUAGGACUGCAGAUAAAGGAAAUCGGAUGGAACUUUUUUCAAUUUAUUUUUAAAGAUAAGGAAAGUAAGGAUAAAGUAUGGUUUGCUACACCAUGGUUGUAUGACAAAUACCUUCUUAAUGUCCAUCCUUUGGAACCAGGUUUGAAGAGUGCUUUCCAUGUGUUUAAUAUCUGUAAUCUGUGGGUUCAAGUUUGGAAUAUCCUGUUACAUUGGAUGUCAAAGGAUGUUGGGCGCAAAAUAGGGCAUGCUUUGGGAGGUACCGUUGAUAUUGUAAUCCCUGAAAAUGGAAGCAAAGAGAGGCGAUAUAUGAGGACUAAAGUCACGGUGAAUAUUAACAGGCCACUACCUAGGAGAAAAUUGAUCAAGUUAGGCUUGGAAACAAACUGGGUUGAAAUAAGAUACGAAAAUCUACCUUAUGUUUGCUACUACUGCGGUAUGCUAGGACACAAUGAUAGAACUUGUGUACAAAUAGAGAAGGAUAUAAGAUCAAGAAAUCUGAAAAGUGACCAGUUUGGGACAUGGUUACGAGCGAAGAAUCAUUUACUAGCUUCAGAUAAUCAGUGCCGUCAAGGUGUAAAUACUAAUAAUGAUGGGCAUACUAGGGUGAAAAAUCAUUACUUUGAAUUGGUUGAGGGAAAAGGAGUUGCAGGAAGUAGUAAAAGUCUGCUAAAUUUGGCAGAGGGUACUACCUCGGUUGAAAUGCAGCCUGACAUAAGAAAAGAGGAUCUUCAGGGAGACCAAAUGCAGCCCAUGGAAGCAACAAAUUAUGGAUCUAGAGAGAAGGAGAGUGCAGAGGUUUGGAAUAACACUGGGGUUGGAACUUCUGAUGGUAUUAAAACUAACUCAAUGCGAGGUUUGAAUAUUGGCUUGGAGAAGAAUGAUGUGCAGGAGCAGAUGCCAGUGGAUGAAAAUAUGUUGAAUGACAUAAUAGAGCUACAACAAAACUUAUUGCAAGUUGCCUCACAAAUGCAGGAUGCUGGCAACUAA